GAGGCAGGCAGUCUGACAGCUGAACGGGUCGCGAAGCCACGGCGACGCAGUCUGCAACGUUUUGAUCAACAACGACCACAACAAACCGCCGUUUUACAGACGAGCACCGACACGUUUCCGCCUCGUGCGUCGCGUCUUCUCCUCCGUCCCGCGCGGUUUCACCAGAGGACGGUAACCGUUAACCUUGCGGAUAUUUUUUUAGAAACAUUUUCUUUUUGUUCCUCUUUCACGGAGAGAGAAACGGAGCCGUGUCCGGAUGUGCCAGCAGUGUCGGGCUUGCUUUUUCCUUCGCAUGGCGUAGGCACAUUUUUCUUCUUUUUCUUUUUCUUCUUCAAAAAGCGGGAUAUUCUUGAUGUUUGUAGGGUCGGAGGAGGCCCCCGGGUCCGCACCGCGUCCCGCUAACGUCCACCCGGUCCCCCAAAUGUCCCCGUUUGUGUGGGAAAUGAUCAACGGAACGGUUGUGCAAUAGAGAGGAAGAAGCGUCGCAGAUCACAUCCCGACAUCUCUGAGAUAGAGAGAGAGAGAGAGAGAGAGAGAGAGAGAGAGAGAGACAUAGAGAGACAUAGAGAGAACGAGAGAGAGUCCCCGGGAUUACAUCGAUACCCCGACAGCGACGUUUGUCGUGUGAGACCGACAAAAAAAAGGUCGAGACAUUCGGCUCGUGGUGUCGUGUGAACCCGCUCCGAGGAUCACGAUGACGGGCAGCAGCACCCCGGCGGACAUGAUAAACCUGCGGCUUAUUUUAGUCAGCGGGAAGACGAAAGAAUUCCUCUUCUCUCCGAACGACUCCGCGGCCGACAUUGCCAAACACGUGUAUGACAACUGGCCGAUGGACUGGGAGGAAGAGCAGGUCAGCAGUCCCAACAUCCUGAGGCUGAUCUACCAGGGCCGGUUUCUGCACGGCAACGUAACACUAGGAGCUCUCAAGCUGCCCUUGGGGAGGACCACAGUGAUGCAUUUAGUUGCCAGAGAGACUUUGCCUGAGCCAAAUUCCCAAGGUCAGAGGAAUAGAGAGAAGACCGGGGAGAGUAACUGCUGUGUCAUCCUGUGAAUACACGCCGCCGCUGCCACCGUCCCUCCAUCCUUCUCCUCCGUUCCCGCGUCAACAUCUUGGACCCACUGAUUUGGUUCCCGGUGCUGAAACGUGGCCACAAUGUGGAUUUGCAUACAGACAAACAUAGCAGACACACCUUUUUUCCUUUUGUUUUCCCUCACACACACACACACACACACACACACACACACACACACACACACACACACAUUUAGAAAGACAUGCUGCUUGAGGACACACGGUAGGGAGCAGGACAUGUAUUCACUUUAGAGUUGAUUCCUUUGUCUCAACUGAGAAAUUAGUGGAUGAACUGGAUUUGCAAAUGGUUUUUUCUUUUUGUUCUUUUUUUCUUAAUGCACACCUUUUUUUAAAGCAUUCUGGCACACAGACACACACACACACACACGUACCUGCAAUACACAGAAACAACGUGUGCAACCAUGCUCAGUCGGGCCUGUUUAAAGCUCCUCAUGCUAGCUUUGUAAUCAUAGUAAUGCAGUGCCCCAAGUUUGUGUGUGGGCCUUGUGUUCUCUUUCAGACCGCUGAGAACUUUAACCACUAACAACUCGCCAACACAAUUGCACCCCCCCCCCCCGCCCACACACACACACUUUAACUUCCUGUCUACAGAUCCAGCCAGAUGUGCUUGUGUGAUCUCCCUCGGGUGCAGCCGACAGAGCUCAGACGUGCCUGAUAAGAGAAGUCAAACCGUGACACACACACACACACACACACACACACACGUGUCCUUUUUACUGCCCUCCUGUCCAUGUGCCCUGAACAGUCACAAGAGAGAACUGAUUCCUUUCUCCUGCUGAGUGCUGUAGAGGCCUCAACGCGUCUUUUAGUCGCCACACGCUGAGCCAAACCAAGCCUAACAGACAAACAAAUGGACAAACAACCCGUGUUGGUGGUCUUGUUUUGGUUAUUUGUUUAAGUUUUGACAGUCCACGCAUAUUACUGACCGACCAGUGUUGUGAUUAAUAAAACAUCGUGUCAGUUUUUUUUCCUUCCCUCAUGCACCAUCAUCUCUCGCUCCUUUAAAAAAAAUAAAAGUGUUGUGAAGGAUCCCUCUGAAACAUUGCUGACCGGCACGGAAUUCACUCGGAAUGAAAAUGCUCCUCAUUCGUCUUAAUUCGCUCCUCCUCGGCUCCUCAUUU